AUGGAAUUAAUUAAAUGUAUACCCCUAUUAGUGGUAAUCGCGUCAACGGCCGCCCAGUACGACAGUUACGACGGGUACGAGAACUACCACAGGCCGAUAGUGCACCAAUCGUUGGACGAACACAGACACCAGUCGCUGGACGAACAUCACGGCAAUGAAGAGUACGAUCUUGAUUACCAUGCGCAUCCUAAAUACUCGUUCGACUACUCCGUAAAGGAUCCCCACACUGGCGACAACAAGGACCACUGGGAGACGAGAGACGGUGACAAAGUAAAAGGUUCAUACACUCUCCUAGAAACAGAUGGAACAAAACGCGUGGUCGAAUACGAAGCGGAUGACAAGAACGGAUUUAAUGCGGUGGUUCACAAGAUCGGCAUACCUAAGGAAGAACCCGAGGAAUACAAGGUCGUGCAAUCUAAACCCGUGUAUGAAAAUUACCCACACGAGUACAACGGUGAAAACUAUCAACAACUCGACGGAGGCUUCGUACCUAUAGUUGGCGGAUAUGAACAUUAGAUAAAUAUGCAUUUUAGGUUAGGAGUAGGAUAGGUCUGAUUACCAAAUCUUGGAACUCGCUCUGUGUUAU